AUGUACCACUACUACUGCUACAACAACAACAGCACAGUCUCUACCUCUACUCCUGUAAUGACGCCCUCACGCUUCGAUCUGCCACUGCUGCCUAAAUACCACGAUAUACCAUACGAAACCAUAACGGCCCCCAAAAACCGCAAACGAAUUCGCCACCGAUCAAACAAGUCGAGGAGGGCACAACAUCAGAAUCCUACCACUACUAGUACUAUUAAUACCACCACAACAAGAACAACCUCCUCCUCCUCCUCCUCCUCAUCCUAUCCCGCCUAUUACGGCUCCUACUACCACAACCGCGGAAUCAGUCCUCCAAGCAGCGAAUUUUCCUCCUCGCCGCCCCCAAACUACUACCCGGAAUACACUUACGCAACUCUACCAAAACCUAUCCGUCUUGCGCCAUCGAGCACCACCACCGCCACCACCACCAUUCCAAAAAACUAUCAUCAUCACUAUCAUCAUGAGCAUCAUUAUGAACAUCCACAUCCUCGAGACCUCCAUCUCCUCAAUCACGUAUUCCGGGAAGACUCUUACUCUUCUUACUCUGCAACAGUAGGAGGAGUAGAAUCGGCAAUCACGCGGGAUAAGAGAAUGUUUGGGGGAGAAGAUGGUGAUUCGGAAUCUGCUCUGGAAUUGCGAGGGCCCAUGUUGGAUGUCGUGUUGGGCUUGUUUGAUGGCAUUGAUUACGAUGAUGCUUUGUUGUGUUAA